AGUAAUGACUAAUAAUAGUUGCUUUAAUAACUCAAAAUUGCCUAUAUAAACCUCAACUAAUAUACUUCCAAUUCAUCCAAUAUCCACACAACACAACAAAAUGACUUUCUUAUCACUCCUCACAUUCACACUAUGCUCCCUCCUCCUCACCUUCACUCCCUCACAAGCAGCCAACUUUGAGAUUGUCAACAAUUGCCCUUACACCGUUUGGGCAGCUUCUAGCCCCGGCGGUGGCCGCCGUCUCGACCGCGGUCAAACAUGGAACCUUUGGGUUAACCCUGGAACUGCCAUGGCUCGUAUUUGGGGUCGCACUGGUUGUAACUUUGAUGGCAGCGGUCGUGGCCGCUGCCAGACAGGUGACUGCACUGGUGGACUCCAAUGCACUGGCUGGGGUGUUCCACCAAACACAUUGGCCGAAUUCGCGUUAAACCAAUUCGGAAACCAAGAUUUCUACGACAUCUCACUCGUCGACGGAUUCAAUAUUCCAAUGGAUUUCUUCCCUCUUAACGGCGGAUGUCAUAAGAUCAGCUGCACGGCCGAUAUCAACGGACAAUGCCCUAAUGAACUGAGGACACAAGGUGGUUGUAACAACCCUUGUACUGUUUAUAAAACCAAUGAGUUUUGUUGUACUAAUGGACAAGGAACAUGUGGACCCACUUAUUUCUCAAGGUUUUUUAAGGAUAGAUGUCAUGAUUCUUAUAGCUACCCUCAAGAUGAUCCAACAAGUACUUUCACUUGUCCUGCUGGAUCUAACUAUAAAGUUGUUUUCUGUCCUCUUGGAGCUCCUCAUAUUGAGAUGCCACUAAAUCAUACUAGUGUGUAUUGAAAUGAGUUUGUGAUCAAUGGUGAAUACCUUCAAUAAGAUGAAGUUUUUAUUACUAAAACUUCAUUUGCGAUCAUGCUAGUUUGUUCUGGCUUUGAUUGGGUUUCUAGUGUGUUUUGUUGUGUGUAGUAAUGUUAUGUAAUGAGAUGUGGUACUAUCAAUGAAGCUUUUUAAUUUAUGUUUA